GCGCACACCACUUUUAGAUCUUCUUUGUUCUGUUACAUUUAUUUUCCAGGCAAAGUCCGUGCUAAGAUCUUGUUCCUGGCUCGCUUCUCAUUUAUAUAUACUCUGCAACCCCUCUUGCUUUGUUGAAGUUGCAGCCCUCGAUCAUUUCCGGCAUCGACAUUCACAUCCUUCAACAAGCUCAAGCCUCAAAGAACUUGACCACUGCCGGAUACACAUGCUAUCCCAUGAUUCACAAUCUACAUCUUCAACAAUCACGGCACAGCAGGGUUGAGUAAAGCCUCAGACUUGUCGGAACUCUACCAUCGUCACACCACCCAAACACUCCAACAAACAAAUACCACAAAAUGGCAGAAAGGAACAAUACAAUGGUUUCCGUCAGGAAAUACACAUCACAGUUUUCCAAGGCCAUGCGCAUGUGCGGACCCUCUACAGGCGGUCGAUUCGGGAGGAAAAAGUCUAGAGGCAUGAACAUUUCUGCUCCUUCCAACUUCCGCAGGGAAACAACUUGUAUCCCGGGUCUCAGCAACGACGAGUUGGUCUCGCUCAGAGAACUCGCCUACGAGAAGGCCCUCGCCUCCCAGAUCGGCAUCAUGGACUUUGACAGCAUACCACCUCGCCGACUGCCACCUGCGAUCCCUACCCGGCCCAUGGGCGGCCCAAUGUCGUCAAAUCCAGUCCUCGUCAUCAGAGACAACGAGCCCAAAGAAAAAAAGAAGUCUGGAUUCCUAUCUGGGAAGUACUGAAAGGCCAGGGCAUCGCAGAGCCCGAAAUUCUGCGUGGAAUCAUGAUCUUGGAUAUUUAGACAUUUGACCCUAAUCUUUCUUUUGUUUUAUUUUCAUUUGUCGAGUAUGAAAUGAAAAGGCGACGGCGUUGGGCGCAGGGUUGAACGGCUCACCGCAUGGUGAUGAAGAGGUUGGGAUUAGAGAAAAUUAACACGAUGAAUGAAUGACAAACUGAUCCAUACAUGUUCAUGCCAUUUGUUGCUGUCUGUAUCUCAUUGUUGCUUUUGUUGCUGUUUCUGCCUUUUCUACACAGCAUCAUUCUGAUACCCACCCAUUAUAGGCCUUCAAGCUCUCCAUCCGCGCCCCCUCCAUCUCGCCCUUGACCCCCAGGAGUCUAACUCUUACCUUCUUGUUCCUGCUCCAAUCCGCCAACCACUCCUCCAACCUCUUGGUGGUAGCGUCGUCGUCCCUCACAAGGAGUGCCAAGGCAUCGAAGCCACCCGCGCCCGGCACGACACCGCCGUAUACACCCUCGACACCUUCCAGCGCAUCAAGAAGCUCCGUCUGGCUGCUGGGCUCGAUCUCCACUCCACUCUCGGUCCCCAUUUUGCGUAUGAGGUCCCUGACGCCAGCGACCGCACCUCUGAUCCCGCCUGGCUGUCCCGACGCCAGCACUGCGGCCAAUGCCUCAUUGCGCGCCUGAAGGUCGUCCCAAAGCUUGCCGGCGGCUUCGGCGUUCGCACCUCGCCAAGACAGCACCGUCUUGACCAUGCCGACCGUCUGGCUGCCACAGUCCACGUCGCACAUGCGCACGGCGACUCCCGGCGGCAGUGUCACGCCGGCGGCGUCGACCUCGACGUCCCAGAUCUUGCCGAGGACGAGGUUCUCCAGCGCGGCACCGAAGCCAGGGGCGCCGGGCGCGGGCAUGUCAGCGAGCACCGAGGGGCUGAAGCGUCGGUACCUGCAAGAUCCGUAGACGGCGGCGGCGACGUCGAAUCCGGAGCCUACCUUGCCCUGCGCGGCGCAGUGCGCGGCCUGUGCGAGGUUAUGCAGCGUCGCCUUGCCCUGUUCCGUGGCGAGGUCGAACAGCUGCGGCUCGAGGUAGUGCGUCAGCAGCGCGGCUGUCAGGGAGGUGACGAGCGCGGCGGACGAGCCAAGACCCGUCUUGUGUGCACCGGAGAGCGUGGUCGGGAAGCGGGCGAACCGGUUCGUCGUGGUGGGGGCAUCGGCGGGUAGGGAAUAGUAGUCGUUAUCGGCGAGGAUGGUCAGGCGUGCUGGGUUCAGACUGCGCUUGGCACCGUGCUUGGCAAGUCUGGAUAUCAGGGUGAGGGCGUAGGAUAGUGCGGUUUCGACAAAUGGGUUUUUGACGAUUGUGACACCUACACUUGUAGCUGCGUGGCCUUGAUGCCGCCAUCCUCGUCGGCCAGAUGGUAGCCGUAUCGCCAUUGCGCGUCAAUGAACUGAGGGCUUUCGACGAUGAUUUCCGAUAGCUGAACUCCAGGGCUGGUCUCUAUCUCAGCGGCGACGACGUUGAUGCGCGCGCUAAGGCCAAAGACUAUACCUGUAUACUUGCGAUCCAGGACGAGGUACCCACCAGCUAGGAGCACCUUGC